AUGGACCACAUGCGAGGGCAAAAUGGACCUGUUCAAUAUGUUCCUAUUUUAUUCCCGAGGACAGUGUCGCAUAUAAAUAUGGUGUCUGCAUCAUCAUCCUUCCGCAUCCAUCCAUCCAUCUACAACUACAGUAUGCUCAUUGGUGAGAAAUCUGGUAUCGCACCCAGCCUUCUUUUGAUUCUGAAUGGAGAUGAUAGCAGUAAAAACACUUUGUAUCGUCUUUUUCUCCUUUUACUAUGA